AUGUCUGAUGGACUAUGCCAUGCUUUACUUGAUUACAAUAACCUGGUUGAGUCUAACAAGGAGAAAUUCAAUCAAUAUCUGGAUCAACUUCAACAGUAUGAAAAGGAUCUGAUUCCGUUACAGAUUGAUUAUGCAUAUGCUGUCAUGAUACGACUUGAGCCUGCUGCUGGAGUAUCCAUUUCAGUGAAUGGAACAUGGGUCAAUACAGUAUCUGGAAAAUGGACGAUGCUAACCAGAUCUAAGGGAACUGAUUCGGUUACGGUAAACUCAAUAAGCCUGGGUGAAUACGAGACCUCUUCCAAUGAAGCUACCAUUGUGGAUCGAUAUAGUUUGGAUCAGAAAAAGAACCAGAUCUCCCUGAAAGAGGUCGAAAUUUCAAACCUGAACAGCAAGAUUAUAGCGGUUAAGCAACAAAUUACACAGCUACAGACCUUAUUAACGGCAGAGAACAACUUUUCCUCAGAGCAAUUACAGGAGCUCAACUACUUUGUUAUUGAACGAGAAUUUAAUGAAGACAAGUACAUUGAUGAAAAGGAUCUGUACGAGGCAGCUCUUGAAAAAUUCAAGGAACUACAGGUACCUCAACUAUCUGUGGAUAUAGAUAUUGUUAACUUUCUGGAGAUUGUGGAGGAGCAGCUUAAUUGGGAUAAACUCAAUCUGGGGGAUUAUGUCAAUGUGAAAUAUGAAUCAGUUGGUAUUGGUGUGACCGCCCGUAUCAGUGAGAUUCAAUAUGACUAUGAUUCGUCUUCCAUCAGUCUAACGUUAUCCAACAUUAAAAAUGUAAACGAUGAAUCUACCCGAAUUGAGAAGUUUCUGAAUGAAACCAAGAAUACCUCGAUCAUUGUUGAUACCAAUAAAACAAAAUGGGGUCAAGCUGUCGUUGAUUCAUCCGAUAUGAGUAAGCUGCUCGACCGAUUCUGGAAUAAGGUUACGAAUGAAAUUAAUAUGUCCAUUAACAACACAGUGGAUAUUAACAACAAGGGGAUUACCAUUACUGAUCCGGAUGAUCCAUUACGGUUUCUACGUUUGACAAAUGGUGCACUGGGCCUGACACGAUCAGGGGGGCUGAGAUAUGAAACGGCUAUUACGGCAGAUGGACUGAUUGCUGAAAUGGUGUUAGGUAAGAUCAUUCUGGGUCAGCGGGUUGUCAUAGGGGAUACAACAGGUGUGUUUACCAUUGAGGGGUCCAGAUUGAUGAUCGAUGACCGUUGUGGACGUGAAGUCGUUAAGCUCGGAUUGCUCUCGGAUCAACCUGAUCGUUUUGGAUUUUUCCUAAACAGGUACGGUUCAUCUAACUGUAAUGAUACGACCAAAGUUAAUCGCGUUUCUAUGACAGCGGAGGAAGGAUUCAUCAUCGAACGUUUUCGUAACGGGAUUGCAGACAAAACGUUCGGUACUUCGCUUGAUGGUGAUCUGUUUGUCAAAGCUGGCGUGGAUGAUCAGGUCUUCACAAUUGAUAAAAAUGGUUUAGCUCUCGGGUCCAGUGUAUGGGCGCGGGCUCCUUUUCAUGCAGAUUAUUACGGCAAUGUCUGGAUGAACAAGCUUUAUGCCGAUUCAGCAGAGAUCCAAAACUCCAUGUUCAAAAAUGGACGGAUCGAGGGAUCAUCACUAACCCUGCGAGAUGGGGCAGGUGUGAUGAAGAUGUUCCCAUUGAAAGGAUUCUGGGCGGGCGCAGAAGAGUUUGAAGAUGCUGUUGCAUCCAUUGCCAUGGACGGUACCGCCAAAUUCAAAAAGCUGAAGAUAACGGAUAAUCAAAACACAUUAUUGAUUGAUUCGGAGCAACGUAAGAUAUUCAUGAAUCAAUGGGACAUUGUAGGCAAAGUUUCGACUUUGACGCGCGCGGCAGUACAAGGAUGGUCCAACUAUAUCAAGAUUGAAGGGAAAGAGUUAACCUUUCUGACGAGUAUGGUUGAGGCGGGAACAGGUUACCGUGAACCCGUCUUUCCUGUAUCGAAUGGAAUAGAGUUUCAGGAUAUUCGAGCAACCAAUCAAUGGGCUUCCACCACGAUGUACCAGAAGAAUGAUAUGGCAGGAGAAUCCGGUGAUCAAGAACCGAUAUGGAGUACGAUUGAUGGGACGACAACGUACGAUAAAAAUGCAUAUAAUGAUCCGCUGACGAUUAUUGCCCGUAAGGGAGAUGCUACAGAUCCAUUCGUGGAUCGAACAGAUUCAUUACCUGUCAUUAACGGCAUGAUUACUUUACUUGAAAUUCCUUCAUCAACUGAUAAGGUUGUUAUUGGUGGUUUUGUUGAGAUCGACCAACGUGUAUAUGAGAAGCAUCAGAUGUUAAAAGAAAAUGAAUUCCUCGUUCAUUACGGAAUGGGUACCAUUCAAUUUCACCCGUCCCAAGAAGGGAAAGUCCAUCUAUGUCGUUAUAAGGGUAGAGGACUCAUUAUGUAUCCCGCAUCACGUAUCUACGCGAUGAUCACACGUAAUCCGGAUGUUAUCAAAACGUUGCAAGAUUUUAUAGAUGAAUCACAGCGCAAGCUAGAUGAGACGCAACUAGCAAUGGAACGAGUAGAAGGAGCCAUUCAGCAGUCCAUAGACCAGACAGGGCAAGCCAAACGUGCUACAGAUCAUGCUAAUGAUGCAGCAGAUGAAGCGUUAGAGGCUGCUAAUCGAGCAAAGGAUGCCUAUAAAACGACACGCCUAGUAUACAAAAGUCCGGUAGCGGAUCUUCGUGAGCUGUGGAAUACCUACCCUUUUCCUGAAAUCGGAUGGACGGUGCAAACCUACAAGGACGGCAAGAGACGUCGAUAUGACGGUAACAACUGGAUUGAAAUCGAUGUAUUCGGCCAGAAUCUGCAAGUCGUUAAUUCAUAUCAAGAUGGCCUUAUGAGUGUGGCGGAGCAUUUGAAAUUAAAUGAGAUCCCGCUGGAAGUCGAUUCCUUGGGUGAGACAGAUCUGGAUGAGGAAAGUUCACGUGUCGGUAAAGAUUUUUCCAAACCUAUCGGGACCACAGGCAAGACAACCAAGGAUCAUUCAGGAACUCCUUAUGCAACCCCAUUGACACCAGGAGCGAAAGAAAUUCUUGGUGUGAACAACAAUGGAAACCCCCAAGAUGCAGCGGGUAACUAUGUGACUCUGUCCAUUCAAUGUGAAGUACCGUUGAAUGCGAAAAGCGGCAAGCAACAGUUCAAGAAACGUAUCUCAUAUCGUUACGUG